AUGGUGCAGCAUGAUUUUGCAGACGUUGCCUUUGGACAAAGAUUGCUUUCUGAGGGCAGAGUGUCCUGGUGGGAAGAGUCUGACUUUUUGGCUCAGCUUAGAGGGAGCCUUCCAAAACAAGAUCUUUUUGGCCGUUUAUGUGAGGAAUUGCAACCUUUCAGAGAGCAGAUUCUCAAGGAUCUGGGACCGCGAGUGAAGGAGGAGACCUGUGGCGCCUUUCUGUCAGCGCGGCAAGGCCAGAAGAAGGGAGUGGAAGUGGCCUCGCGGCCAAAUCAGGGGCGAUCCUUGGUGACCACCAGGCACUUAGAGAGAGGAUUCGUGGUGAUUCGUGAAUAUCCCUUGGCUAAAGUGCUUCUAGAUCUUGAAAACCGAUCUGGAUUACCUGGAUUGAAACUCCAUCCAGAGACACGCUUGGCCCUACAACUCUGGAAUGCCGAGAGAAAGGGGGACAAGAGAAUUGAAGCAGCAAAGGAUUUGUUGGAUCAUGGUGGAAAUGAUGCCUCUGCGCUAAAGAUGCGCGCUUUACUGGCUGCUUGCUGUACUCUUUGCGUUGACGUGGGCAUUUCCAGAAAUGCAGCGUGUGAGUCGUUGUUUCACUGGUUGGGAUGCGUGCGGGUCAAUGCAGUGGCGGUCACUGCGCUGGUGGAAGCAGAGGGGGAAGAAAUGCAGCAGGCCAAAGUUGCCUUAGCACUUUAUCCAGACUUGGCCCGGUCAGUGAACCAUUCCUGUCGACCCAAUGGAGUUCUACGUUUUGACGCCAAGGAUUCCCACGUGGAGCUGGUGGUCAGUGCUGGAGUGGAUGCAGGUGAGGAGGUGACGAUCAGCUAUGGACCAACCUCCUCCACAAUGCCACGCUCACAACGCCUUGGCAUUCUGAUGGCUCAGUAUGGCUUCGAGUGCCAUUGCACGGCAUGCGGAGGGACCAGUGUAGACGAGGACUUUCAAUGGAAACGCAAGGCCAAGAUGCUGGACGAGCGCGCGCGUGCAGCCGUUGCUCGUGCUGCGUGGCAGGAAGCUGUCAUAGCUUGCAGUGCUUCCAUUGCCAUGCUGCGUCAGGGAUUUCGAGACGGUGAUGUGGAACUAGCAAGGGAGGAGUGCAAACUGGCAGGGUUGACCCUGAGGGCUGGUGAUGCUGUGAAGGCCCGCGAACUUUGGUCUUCAUCAGCUGAUGUGUUACGUUGCUUGGUGAUGCCAGCUGACCCCGAUCUCCGUGAGGCGGAGGAGAUGCUUCGACAGCUGCCAGCGAGCCCAGUGCAGAAGGCAAGCUCCAGUUCAGCGGCCUUCGCCACUGCGUCCAGCAAGAGUGAAGUGGCUGCUGCAAUUGGAGGCGGAGAGAUGGUGAUGGGCAUGGCAUGA